GACACAGUAUGGCUUCGGUACUGUGGCAUGCCUCUGGGAGUAGUUUCGUUUCGCCUGCCAUCAUCUUUCUCCUGCUACUUUGUCCACACGCUAUCACAGCUCGCGAGGUAAUUGAUGUGCCACAGCCACAGCAAGACUACGUACCAUCCCUAUCUCCACCACCACCGGGACCUUUUGCCACUGCCAAAACAUCAAGAUGCGACCAAACAUUUGUCAGCGUCCCAGGCAGCCCGGAAAAUGGGACUUUCCACGCUCCGUAUUUGAUAAAUCCAAAACGUGAAUCGCAGCAGUGUGUUUACACAUUUUUAGCGGGACCUUAUCAGCGUGCCGAGGUCGUCUUCACGACAUUUGGUCUCCGCGGCACACCACCAGAAUGUGUACACGAGUAUAUGGAUGUCUACACGCAGAUACGAUCCGAUAACACGACCAAGCUGAUAGAGACACCCUUCGGUGGUCGAUACUGCGGUCCUAUACCACCGAGACGUCGAGUAUCUCUCUACCGAGGGAUUGCACUUAGUUUCUAUACUGACAAGAAUAUCACCCUACCAACUCUAUUCAGCGGUCGUUAUGCCUUCAUCAAUGCCUCUGAGUAUGAAAUCGGAACACCAGUGCCAGGCACUCCGUGUUCUUUCGUCGUAAAUACAACGAUUAAGCGUACUGGAUCCAUCCUUUCGCCCACAUAUCCUGGUGCUUAUCCCAAGAAUCUUACAUGUAGGUAUCAAUUCAUCGGUAACAGUGGCCAGAGGAUUAGACUCGAGUUUCGGGAUUUUGAUCUCUUCUACGGGGGUCCUCACUGCCCAUUCGACUAUGUAAAGGUGUACGAUGGACUUGACUUAAAGUCAGCUCCCGUGAUAGGGACUUACUGCGGUCAACAACGUAAUUUGGUGCUAUAUUCUUCGCAGUCAAAUUUAACUGUACUAUUUUCAACACUUCAGCGCACUGCGAACACACAAAAUCGUGGCUUUAAAGGAAUAUUUGAAUUUUCUGAAGGCUUCGUUAAAUUAGAUUUCAUAAACAAAUCAGGAGGUAUGCAUAUACGAGGAUCCGAGUGUGACCAAAAAAUUUUAAGCACCAGAGAAUCUAAUGGCUCUGUCGUGAGUCCUAAUUAUCCGUUUCCUUACAUUCCGAAAGUUGUGUGUCGUUAUUUUGUAUAUGGUAUGCAAGAUGCACAGCAUUUGGAACGUGUGAAACUUGAAUUUUUAACGUUUGAUAUUAGCAAGGGUGAAGCAAAAGGAGACUCAGCCUGCACUGACGGUUACCUUAAAAUUUAUCUAAAAGGCCAAGAAGCUACUGAUUCGUAUGACAAAUUUGAUUACGAGUUGUGUGGUAAUGAAACAAAUCCGAGCCAAGUAGUUAGUGACGGGCCACGGCUGGUCAUGGUAUUCAGCAGCGGUGAACUUAAACAAGGCCGGGGUUUCAAAGCAAGAUACAGCUUCGAAACAGAAUACAAAAUACCCGGUACGGCUGCACCGGACGGCAGUUGCACAUUCACUUAUCGCAGUUCCUCACGGAAGAAAGGUGAAUUCAAUUCACCACGUUAUCCAAGCAAUUAUCCGAGCGAUAUCAAUUGUACUUAUCUCUUCUUGGCAACUCCAAACGAACAAGUUACUCUUGUUUUUGAUCACUUUAAAGUUAGAUCUCAGCCAUCAAAUUCGACUACUGGAUUCUAUGGAGAAGAGAUCUGUCAGAAUGAUUGGUUAGAAAUUUACAACAUGUAUCGUGACAAUACGGAAAAAUUAAUUGGAAGAUACUGUGGAACUUCUGCACCAGGUCCCGUAGAAUCGAAUCUCGGUGCGCUUGGAGUCAAAGUUAUUCUUCACUCAGAUGCAGAAUUAGUUUACAGUGGCUUCAAAGCUCGUUAUAUGUUUGAAGUCGCCAAGUCUAUUUUCGGCGAUUGUGGCUCCAAUAUAAGUAGUCUCGAAUACGGUGUAAUAAUGACACCAAAUCAUCCAGAGAAUUACGACAGUCCUCUCCGAAAUUUCGCGAGUAAAACUUGCAAUUGGUUUAUAUCUGUACGUCCGGAUCAUCAGAUAUUAAUCUAUUUCGAAGAUUUUUCCGUAGAAGGUGAACAAUCGGUCAGAGGAUGUCCCGCGGCUGUUUUACGAUUGUGGUUAUCGCCGAUGGCAACUCCAAUUGAAUUGUGUGGUGUAAAAACGUCAGACGGUCCAAAUGAUUAUUUAUCUCAAGAUCAUAAUAUGCGACUCAGCUUUAUAUCAUCGGACAAAUCAGUAGGCCAAAAAGGUUUUCGCGCCGUAUGGACAGAAGUGUAUAAAGCGAACGAGUGCGAGCCGAAUGAAUUUCACUGUAGUGGAAACAACUACUGCAUUGCAGAAACAUUACGUUGUAAUAACGUAGACAACUGCGGUCCAAAUGAUACAAGCGACGAGGAGAACUGUGCAAUAUCAGUGCCUCCAGUAAGUUACGCAAUACCUGCAGGAAGUGCUGCGGCUGCUGUACUAGUAGCCCUCGCACUGUGUCUUCUCUGUCAUCGUAAAAUGAAGCGACGCACUGAAGAAGUAAACAUCGAUGACUUUCAACAGCGUAUCGAGGACAUGCGUUACUGCUAUCAUCAUCACACCGUCUUCCAUCGAACACCAAGUACUCAUAGUCAUAGCCAUCCGGAUACCUACAACAAUCAGUAUCAUAUGGAGCAGCCUAGUCCACCAAGUGAGAGUGAAAUUGAGCAUGUAUGUGGCGAUGAUGCGAGUAGUCCCGAAACUCCGUGA